CUAAUAAUCACCAGUCACCAGGCUAUGUCCACUAAAUACAUACAAUUGAUUAGCUAUAUAUACAUAUAGAUUUGAAUUCUCUUGUGUCUGUGCCUGCUUCUAUUGACAUAAAUGUAAUUUCUACUAUAUUUUUUCUCAACUUAAAAAAUGUCAAAUGCUGAAGCUAAAAUCCAAGAGGCGUAUCAUGUUUUGUCACAAGAGGCGAAAGAAUUAUAUUUGCAAAGUAAAGUUGCAGAAAUAAAUUACACAAAAAUUACACCCCUUACUUUCUACCGAGAAUAUGUUUCAAAAAAUAUACCAUUGGUAAUAAAAGGAGCGGUAAAACACUGGCCUGCUAUAAGCAAGUGGUCUAUACCAUACCUUCGUAAAGUAUUUGGCGACGAAAAUGUUUCCGUCGCUGUAACGCCGGAUGGCUACGCGGAUGCAAUAGCCAGAAGAGAUGACGAUACUAAGGAAGAAUUUUUUGUAAUGCCUGAAGAACGUUUACUCACAAUGUCAAAAUUUCUUGAUACAUUAGAAAACGUGAAGAAAGACAGCGUAUUUUAUAUACAGAAACAAAAUUCAAAUUUUAUAAAUAGUUUUCGCAAAUUAUGGUCAGAUGCAGAAAUUGAAAUAUCAUGGGCCACACAAGCAUUUGGAAAGCAACCCGACGCUGUAAACUUUUGGAUGGGAGAUGAAAGAGCAGUAACUUCCAUGCACAAAGAUCCUUAUGAAAAUAUAUAUUGCGUUGUGUCUGGUGAAAAGAAUUUUAUCUUACAUCCUCCCACGGAUUUACCAUGGAUUCCAUAUAGAAAUUAUCCAUCUGCUGUUUACAAAGAAUAUGAAUCUGGAAAAUGGAUUAUUGAACCGAUAGUUAAUGAAAUAUCUGAUUCAGAACAAAUUGCCAAUUCCACAUUGACACCAUGGAUAUGUAUAGACCCUUUAAAUCCAGAUUACAAAAAAUAUCCAGAAUAUCGUAAUGCACACACUUUGAAGAUAAUGCUGAAAGCUGGAGAUGUACUAUAUUUACCAUCUUUAUGGUUCCACCAUGUAACACAAUCCCAUGCUUGUAUAUCCAUCAAUUAUUGGUACGAUAUGGAAUUCGAUAUUAAAUACGCGUACUUCAAAACACUUGAGACAUUGUGCAAAUAAACAAACCAGUUUAUGGUUAAGGCACACUUUAAACAUUUG